AUGUCGACAAUACUACGAACGCUCCGCAACCUGCGGAGUAUUGGCCUGAAGGAAUAUGGCCACCAGAUGCAGUACAUGGGUGACACAAAGCGAGGAACCCUCAUAGCCAUGGACCGGUACGGCAACAAGUACUACGAGAAUCUGGAAGAGGAGCUGCCAUUACGGACACGAUGGGUGGACUACAAGAACAAGGAAUAUGAUGCGUCACAGAUAGAGCCCGGCUGGCACGCCUGGAUGUCCUACCUGGUCGACAAGCCCCCCUCAGAGGACAAGAUCAUGCAGCGGCAGCUUCGGUCGUGGGAGCCGAAGGAGCAUCGGCCUGUUUUGACGGCAUCGAACAGUGCUUACAAGCCUUACAAUACGACGAAAAACAAGUACUCUGCGUGGAAGCCGGCUGCCACACCAAGAUGA